AUGAAGGUUGUGUUCCUGACUCUCCUCCUUGGUCUGGUUUGUGGGGCCCCGGAAACUGCAACUGAGAUAGACCCCUCAAAGGUUACAGGAGAGUGGCACACCAUUUACGCAGCUGCAGAUAACAAGGAGAAGAUUGUGAAAGGGGGCCUGCUGAGGUGUUACUAUCAUCAGAUUGAAUGUAUCAACGACUGCAAAUACCCCUCCCUUACAUUUUACGCCAAGGAUGACGGGAGAUGCCAGUUAUUCACAGAAGUGCGAAAGAGACAAGAAGGAGAUGUUUACGUCAUAGAGUUCAUGGGUACAAAUGUUUUGCAAUUGAUUUAUGUAUCGGACAACAUGGUGGUAACUUAUUUUGAAAACGACGAUGGAGAGAAGAUCACAAAAAUAACUGAAGGUGUUGGCAGAGGAGACAGCUUCACUCAAGAAGAACUUCAGAAGUAUCCGGAGCUGAACAGUAAAAGGGGGAUUCCAAAUGAAAAUAUAGAAAAUGUCAUCAAAACAGGCUCAAAGAAAAAAAUGAAGGGAGAACACGAGCAGCAUCGAAGCAGGAAUGUGUCCCAAUCAUACGUAUGA